AAGACUCUUCCAUUUGAUGAGUCAGAGAUGAUGAUCUGGCUCUUAGACAGAUGUACAUACCAUCAUAUUGGUGACAGUAUAGUCGAGGGCUAAUGUGGACUUGAAUCAAGUCUUGCUACCCGCCUUCUACACAAAUGGAACCAUACAGGAUCAGACAAGACCACAAGCUAAAGAGCCGACUCAGUCUCAGAUGCGCGUCACGACAUGAUCGUGUCGAUCCGGCAGCCAACCUUCUCAAUGUUUCAGUUGAUGCCGAUUCUUUUACUGAUCCUGCAUGUCAAAACCGACUCGAUGCGGGGGACCACCCUGUGACGGUACCCGCUGAUGACCAGUACACCACAGAGUGGGACGUCGUACUCAAAGGCCCUCAAGCCUGUUCAUGUUGGAAAAUUCAAGGCCAGGAGGACCCAGCAGUCCUAUUUCUCAGCGACCACAAAAAUUUAGAUGCGAAACUUCCUAAGAAAUUGUCACGAGGCAAAGCCAGUUACGAGUCAACACUAACCCACUGUGGCAAGAAGCAGACGCCGUCGCUCAAGAUUAAUGAUAGAAUCAGUGCUUGCGUUCCCGAGGAGUCCCAGAAUAUAGAGCCUCCAACCCAGAUAAAAGAGCCAGUCGAUCAUCCUUUCGACUACACUCGCUGGACGCCAAAACAAUGGGAGAGCAAGUUAUACCUCCAGCGCGGCUUUCGCAUCGACCAACAUAUCUUCAAAUAUAUUUGGACAGAGGCUUUAGCUUGCUGUAAAAGUGAUGAACUAAUACAUAGCAGUCAGAGAACCCACCAAUGCAUCUACAAUUUACUUCUUGAGCACCAUCGUGAGGCUAGAAACAAAACCGAAAGAAAGUGGUGGAAGACUGCAGUAAGCGAAUUUGCCAAGAUGGUGCAAAAAACGCCAGGAGGGAAAUUACGAGACCGAAGAAUAUCAUGCACGAAUAUAGCAUCAUCUGCUGAAACCACUCUAGCCUCAGUGAGAUAUCAGAUGAUCGGACAAAGUCGAUCGACCUUCAAACUCCCAGUGAGAAACAUUCUUGUCUCUUGAUAGCCAGUUCCCAAAUAAAUUCGGAUCCCUUCACGAAGCCUGGACAAGAGCCAGCUCUCAGUGAGAUAGGAUCAUAUCCAAUUUCAAGAUCGCUCACGAACAUUGAUAAUCCACGGUCCAAUACUCUGCGGUGCUUCUCACAGCGUCCUCCCCGUUCAAACAUCACACCAAGGCACAACACCCGAACGGUACAAGGUAUAUUGUCGAAAAAAUACCAAGUCCGCCGAAGUUUCGACAUUUU